AUGGUGCGACGCUAUGCACAACAGAACAAAUGCUGCCUGGUCCUGGCCAUCCUCGCGAUUGUUAUAAUUGAGCUCAUUGGUGCCGCUUCUUGGAUUCGAAUCGCAGCCUUGAAUGCCAGUUCUACAGUUGAGGAUGAUCAUGAAGGAAGCUUUAAAAGUCAUAAAACCCAGACAAAGGAAGCUCAGGAAGCAGAGGCCUUUGCCUUGUACCACAAGGCCCUGGAUCUGCAGAAACAUGACCAAUUUGAAGAGUCAGCCAGAGCCUACCAUGAGCUUCUCGAGGCACGUCUACUGCGGGAGGCGGUUUCAUCAGGUGAUGAGAAAGAGGGUCUGAAGCACCCCGGGCUGAUUCUGAAGUACUCCACCUAUAAGAACCUUGCCCAGCUAGCUGCCCAGCGAGAAGACCUGGAGACUGCCAUGGAGUUCUACCUAGAGGCUGUGAUGUUGGACUCCACCGACGUCAACCUCUGGUACAAAAUUGGGCACGUGGCCUUGAGGCUCAUCCGCGUGCCCCUGGCCCGCCAUGCUUUUGAGGAAGGACUGAGGUGCAACGCGGACCACUGGCCCUGCCUGGACAACCUCAUCACCAUCCUGUAUGCCCUCAGUGAUUACACAACGUGUCUGUACUUCAUCUGCAAAGCCCUGGAGAAAGAUUGCCGCUAUAGCAAGGGGCUGGUCCUCAAGGAGAAGAUCUUCGAGGAGCAGCCUUGUCUCCGGAAGGACUCGCUGCGCAUGUUCCUCAGAUGUGACAUGUCAAUCCAUGAGGCAUCUGUAAGCAAGGCUGAGGCUCAGGCCAUUGUGGAUGAGGCCCUGGGGCUGCGGAAGAGGAGGCAGGCGCUGACUGUACGAGAGAAGGUGCCAGACCUGAAGCUAGUGCAACCCAUCCCAUUCUUCACCUGGAAGUGCCUUGGUGAGAGCCUGCUCACCAUGUACAACCACCUCACCACCUGUGAGCCCCCUCGGCCCAGCCUUGGGAAGAGGAUCGACCUGUCCGACUACCAGGACCCCGCCCUGCAGCUGGCCUCCUGUGUGGAGGUGCCACCCGUCAGCAUGGUCCAGCCGAACCUCGUCAGUACAUCCCCGGCUGGUGCUGUGGUGGAACCUGUGCUUGCUUACACCCCUGUGGUUGCUGCCAGCUUUCCACGCCAUAGCCCCAGCCUGCUGGAGACCAGCCUGCCUGGGGGUGAUGCUUCUGGGAGUGACAGGUCCAAGAAGGGUAUGAAGCGGAAGAAGACAGCAGAGGAGAGUGGGGAGACAGCAAAGCGGCGCUCAGCCCGCGUCCGCAACACCAAGUGCAAGAAGGAGGAGAAGGUAGACUUCCAGGAGUUGCUGGUGAAGUUCCUACCGUCCAGGCUGAGGAAACUGGACCCCGAGGAGGAGGAUGGCCACUUCAACAGUUAUGACGUCCAGUCAGAGGUCAAGCCGGAGCAGUGUUCGAGUAUGGGACCACAUAGACUGUCCUUCGACUCGGCCACAUUCAUGGAAUCUGAGAGAAAGGACGUUCAUGAAUUCCUGCUGGGAAACUUGACCAAUGGUGGAAUUUUGGAGCUGAUGAUGCGCUACCUGAAGGCCAUGGGCCACAAGUUCCUGCUGCGCUGGCCGCCAGGGCUAGCUGAUGUUGUGCUCAGCAUCUACCACAGCUGGAGGCGCCAUAGCACCAGCCUGCCCAACCCACUGCUGCGGGACUGUAGCAACGGACAUAUCAAGGACAUGAUGCUGAUGUCACUUUCCUGCAUGGAGCUCCAGCUGGACCAGUGGCUGCUGACCAAAGGCAGAAGUUCUGCAGUGUCUCCUAGGAAUUGCCCUGCUGGGGUGGCGAAUGGCAGGUUUGGGCCUGAUUUCCCAGGAACCCACUUUCUGGGUGACCUCCUGCAGCUGUCAUUUGCCUCCUCCCAGCGGGACCUCUUUGAGGAUGGCUGGCUGGAAUUUGUGGUGCGAGUAUAUUGGCUGAAGGCUCGGUUCCUGGCUCUCCAGGGGGACAUGGAGCAGGCCCUGGAGAACUACGACAUUUGCACUGAGAUGCUCCAGAGCUCAGCCACUCUCCAGACUACAGCAGGGGUGCAGUGCAGAGACCUGGUCAUCCGGCUGCCCAACCUGCACAAUGACUCUACUGUCUCACUAGAGGAGAUCGAUAAGAACCUGAAGUCGCUGGAGCGGUGCCAGUCACUGGAGGAGAUUCAGAGGCUGUAUGAAGCUGGUGACUACAAAGCCGUCAUACGUCUGCUGCGCCCCACCCUGUGCACCAGUGAUUUUGACCGAGCCAAGCACCUGGAGUUCAUGACGUCCAUCCCAGAGAGGCCGGCACAGCUGUUGUUACUGCAGGAUUCUCUGCUUCGGCUGCAGGACCGCCGGCAGUGUUUCGAGUGCUCUGAUGUAGCUCUGCACGAAGCAGUCCAGCAGAUGGUCAAUGCAGGUGACACUGCAGCCAAGGAGGAGUGGGUGGCCACAGUAACACAGCUGCUGCUGGGCAUCGAGCAGACGCUCUCUGCAGAUGGCAGCGGCAGCAUCCUGAAGGAGUCUGCUUCCUCCUCCUCCUCUUCCACCACUGGCCUCGCCAGGCUCACCAGCAACCUCAUCCAGGUUAUUGACUGCAGCAUGGCUGUGCAGGAGGAGCCCAAGGAGCCGCAUGUGUCCUCCGUGCUGCCCUGGAUCAUUCUGCAUCGUGUCAUCUGGCAGGAGGAGGAUACCUUCCGCUCUCUAUGCCACCAGCAGCAGCUCCAGAGCCCAGCAGAUGAAGGAAUGUCGGAGACAGCCAUGCUCCCAUCGUCCCUCAUGCUGCUCAACACGGCCCAUGAAUAUCUGGGCCGACGGUCCUGGUGCUGCAAUUCCGAUGGGGCUCUGCUGCGUUUCUAUGUACGGGUUCUCCAGAAGGAGCUUGCUGAGCCCACUUCAGAAGAUACACACCCCUAUAAGGAGGAGCUGGAGACGGCCUUGGAGCAGUGCUUCUACUGCCUGUACGGCUUCCCCAGCAAGAAGAGUAAGGCCAGGUACCUGGAGGAGCACUCGGCCCAGCAGGUCAGGGGCCUGUCUAAACCUGAGUCCGGCUGGAACAUUUGCAUGGCAUCUCCUUUUGGGGAUGGGUGGUGUUCUGACUUGUAUGCUGCUGGCAGUGGCUCUGAGUCAGGACUGGCCAGGGAGACACACUGCAGAGCUAUCAAAGGUUUUGUCAGGGACAGUGCAGUUCUUGUGCCUGAGGCAGCCUGGUCCGUCAUGUUGCAGAUGGAGGAGCGGCGGGACAGCAUGCUGGAGACUGCUCGGCACUGUUUCACGUCAGCUGCCCGCUGUGAGGGUGAUGGUGAUGAGGAGGAGUGGCUCAUCCACUACAUGCUGGGCAAGGUGGCUGAGAAGCAACAGCAGCCGCCCGCCAUGUACCUGCUGCAUUACCGGCAGGCUGGCCACUACCUGCACGAGGAGGCUGCCCGCUAUCCCAAGAAGAUUCACUACCACAACCCCCCUGAGCUGGCCAUGGAGGCCCUGGAGGUAUACUUUCGGCUUCAUGCCUCCAUCCUGAAGCUCCUGGGCAAGCCUGAGUCUGGGGUCAGUGCUGAGGUGCUGCUCAGCUUCAUGAAGGAGGCUGCAGAAGGGCCCUUUGCCAGGGGCGAGGAGAAGAACGCACCCAAAGCUUCUGAAAAGGAGAAGGCCUGCCUGGUGGACGAGGACUCCUACUCUUCAGCUGGGCCACUGCCGGGCCCCGGAGCCUCCCUCCCCUCCUCCUCUGGCCCAGGUCUGACAUCCCCACCUUACACAGCCACUCCGAUUGACCACGAUUACGUCAAAUGUAAAAAACCCCAUCAGCAGGCAACGUUGGACGAACGUAGCCAGGACAGCAUGGCUGUGGCUCUCUCAGACUCCAGCUCAACGCAGGAUUUCUUCAAUGAGCCAGCCAGCUCUCUGGAAGGCUCCCGGAAGUCCAGUAACACUGAGAAGAAGCUACCCACUCCCAGUUCCCAGGUUGGGCCCACGGGAAAAGACCUGCAGGCUGCCACAGAGGAAAGAGGAAAAGCUGAUGAGCCCCUGGAGAAUGUAGAGGGCUUCCAGGCUGAACAGGGCAGCCAGAGGUCUGCUGCAGAGCACCCCCAUGCUGUCUGCCAUCCCACCAAGCCUGUAGCAUCGGCCCCUUCCACAUGGGAGGCCAGGAGGCGAGGGGACCCCUUGGGGGAGCCAGCUUUCCCUCAGGGGCUGCCGGCUGGUGCAGAGGAACAGCGCCAAUUCCUCACGGAGCAGUGCAUUGCCUCCUUCCAUCUGUGCCUCAGCCGCUUCCCUCAGCACUACAAGAGCCUGUACCGGCUGGCUUUCCUCUACACCUACAGCAAGACCCACAGGAACCUCCAGUGGGCCCGAGACGUGUUGCUAGGUAGCAGUAUCCCAUGGCAACAGCUGCACCACAUGCCCGCACAGGGGCUCUUCUGCGAGAGGAACAAGACCAAUUUCUUCAACGGUAUCUGGCGGAUCCCCGUGGACGAGAUCGACCGGCCGGGCAGCUUUGCCUGGCACAUGAACCGCUCCAUCGUGCUGCUGCUGAAGGUGCUGGCCCAGCUGCGGGACCACAGCACCCUGCUAAAGGUGUCGUCCAUGCUGCAGCGCACGCCUGACCAGGGCAAGAAGUAUCUGCGUGAUGCUGACCGCCAGGUCCUGGCGCAGCGGGCCUUCAUCCUCACUGUGAAGGUGCUGGAGGACACGCUGAGCGAACUCGCAGAGGGAUCUGAAUGCCCAGGGCCCAAAAACUUUGCCCUUCCUGGGAGCAGGAUGACCACGGACGUCUCCCACAAGGCCAGCCCCGAGGAUGGCCAGGAGAACCUUCCUCACCCCAAGAAGCUCCCUUUGGCUGAUGGUGCGGGUCCAGAGGCCGAGCCAGGGGGCAAUGUGAGCCCACCCAACCCCCAGCCUGUAGCCCCAGACCCAGGCGGCAGCGUGAACCAGAGCGGGGAUCUCAGGGACAAGGAGGGCCCCCGGUCUGGCUCUACAGAACCCAUGGACACAGCUGAAGGACUUGCCCACCACCCUGAUGCAGAGCGGGCAGCCCCCAUGACCCCAGGCCAUCUCCCUCCGGAAUGGGGCCCUGAGAGCCGGCCGACAGAACUAUCACUGGAGGAGCUGAGCAUCAGUACUGGGCAGCAGCCCUCACCAGCCCCUGAGUCCUCAGGGCCUGGACCCAGGAUGGGCGGGACCCCUGAGGAACCAGCCCCCAGGCCCAGCCGAAAAAGGAAGCUCCUAGAGGACACGGAGUCAGGCAAGACUCUGCUACUGGACGCCUACCGCGUGUGGCUGCAGGGACAGAAGGGAGUGGCCUAUGAUCUGGGUCGCAUUGAGAGAAUUAUGUCUGAGACCUACAUGCUCAUCAAACAGGUGGACGAGGAGACAGCGCUGGAACAGGCAGUGAAGUUUUGUCAGGUCCACCUGGGGGCCGCUGCCCAGAGACAAGCUGCAGGGGAUACUCCCACCACCCCAAAGCACCCGAAGGACAGCCGAGAGAACUUUUUCCCAACAGCAGUGACCCCCACAACCCCUGAUGCCUCACCUGCUGAUGCCCUUCAUCGACCCAGUGACAACCAUGCCAAGCCCCGUACUGCCCCAGCCUGCUGCCUGCCUUGUGCAUCAGCCUUUGCCCCAGACUCCACUAAGGACCUCGGAACCCCUCGGCUACACAGGCCCGAGGCCACCCCCAGCACCACUUCAGUGGCCCCAGAGGGAGAAGAACCAGCAGGAGUGGUGGAGAGUGCCAGCUUCACACUCCAGGAGCCCCGGCGCAGCCAGCAAGUGAAGUCGGCUCCUCUAGCAGCCCCAGCAGAGCAGAGCCGCUGGUCAGUGGAGGCUGCCCCCUCAACAGGUGUGGAGCCCACCUGCAGCCAAGCCUCCAGCUCCAAGGACCCCAGCAGUGGGGCUGCCCAGCCUCAUGGGGGGUCCCUGAGCAAGAUCGAGCCCAGCAGGGCCAAGCCGCGUCUGCUGCCCAACAUGCCAAAGCUGGUCAUCCCCUCUGCCGCCACCAAGUUCCCUCCUGAGAUCACGGUCACACCGCCUACCCCCACCCUGCUGUCACCUAAAGGCAGCGUCUCAGAAGAGACCAAGCAGAGACUGAAGUCGGCCAUCCUGUCUGCCCAGUCAGCUGCCAAUGUAAGGAAGGAGAGCCUGUGCCAGCCUGCCCUGGAGGUCUUGGAGACAUCGAGCCAGGAGUCAUCCCUGGAGAGCGAGUCAGACGAGGAUGACGACUACAUGGACAUCUGA